AUGGAAGAGAAAAAACUAAAGGGGCACGUAUCCCGCUCUGCAAGGGCCAACUUGCGGUUUCCAGUGAGCCGCGUGGAGCGCUGUCUGCGAGAAGGAAACUACUCUCGACGCCUGAGCUCUUCCGCUCCAGUGUUCCUCACUGGGGUUUUGGAAUGUUUGACUUCCAGUAUCCUCGAGUUGGCCGGAAAGGAGGCCCACAACCAGGGCAAGAAAAACAUCGUUCCAGAGCAUGUAAUCCAGGCAAUAAAGAACAAUGAAGAACUCCUUCAAUUUUUCAGAGACAACAAAAUUGAGAUCGAGACACCAGAAUCUCCUGGAGAGUGA